AUGUCACACGCAAAGACAAGAUCCAACCUCCAGACCAAUUCCUGCCGAUACAGUAGAAUUACAGAGGUUAGUAUGCUAUUCAUUGUUACAUCAAGCUCAGUCAUCUGUUAUUUCCAUCGUUUGUCUCGAAAUCUCAUUACCAAAGCCUCCUCAAACAUUGGCAUCAUGAUCACAGAUACAAACUCCAGCGAUGUUUGCAAGGCGCCAUUUGAGGUACCAGCUUGUGAAUUCUAUAAACGAAGCGCGCUUUUCCAUGGCGGAGAUAUGGUCAAGGUCAUUUCAGGGCAUUCCAAAGGCGAGUCGGGCAAUAAAGAACGAUUAGUGCCUCGCACCGUUCUUUGCUAUUAUUCGAAAGUUUGUGAGGAGAAACUCAGCUUGUUUCGAAAUGAAAGUGGCGGAGACUCCGUCAAUGCCAGUGAUCAAAGCCACAAUAAUGCGGUACUGGACUUGAAUGAGUGGGAUGUCGAGACUUUCGAUAUGGCGCUUCAGUGGAUGUAUACUGGCAAUGUCGUCAUCAAUCUCGCGAAACCCAAACCUUUUGAAGCAAUCCGAUUGUAUAUUCAGUUUUUCAAGAUUGCAAAGGCGUUGAAACUCAAGGGCUCUUAUUCAAAUGUAGAAAAAGCCCUCAUAGCUGAACUUGCCGCCACAUCGGAAAAAGAAUUUGAUGAAGACGACAAGGAUAAGAACGAGAAGUCAUCGAUUAUAAGCCCCGCGUUUAAGGAAAUACUGAAAGAUGCAUUUGCAUAUACCAUUGAGGGACGAACCCGAGAGCUCCUGGCGAGCUUUUUGCUCAAACCGUACGUAAAGCACUUAUUGUGCUCUGAUACAGAUGCGACAAAGACAAAGGAGUUCAAGGAGCUAUUUCAAGAAAUCGAAGGUCUUGAAUUAGAUGUCCUGAAAUUGGUCGGCAGAUCGCUGAGUGGUCUUUCGAUGGGUAAAUUGGACAGCAAUGGGUAUUUGAAAUCGACGAUGUGA